ACAGCCCCUGUCUUUGGUUAGAGAGCCUCCCCCUCUGGAGUUUGAUCCCUCCCGCGCCAAACAGAGUCUAGUGUUGAAGAUGGCUCAACAAAACUUCCCAAAAAGUCUCUCAGCCUCCUCAAAGCUGAUCAGCUCUUGACUCUGCAGCCUGUUGCCACUGCUGAAACUCAAAUGCAUCACAUCCUGCAAACUGGAAGAUUUUUGUUAAGAAGCCAAACAGCCUGGCACGGGUGUUCGAGUGUUGCCAAUAUGAUGCAGGCGGUGUGUGUUGACGUACCUGGAGGUCCAGAGAGUUUGUUACUGCGAAGCGUCUCCAGACCUCAACCUAAAGAUGGAGAAGUCCUGAUCAAAGUUCAUGCAGCUGCUCUCAACAGGGCAGAUUUACUACAGAGACGAGGCCUUUACCCACCUCCCCCGGGUGAGAGUGACAUCAUGGGCCUGGAGGUCGCCGGUACCGUGGAUUCUCUGGGUCCAGGAGUGAAAAUGGACUGGAAGCCAGACGACCGGGUCAUGGCUCUGCUCUGUGGAGGAGGAUAUGCAGAAUAUGUUUCUGUCCCCGAAGAGCUUCUCAUGUCUGUUCCCUCUAAUCUGACCCUCAGCCAGGCUGCUGCCAUCCCAGAAGCCUGGCUCACUGCGUUUCAGCUGCUGGUUUUUAUAGCCCAGGUGAAGGAGGGUGAGGUGGUUCUGGUUCAUGCUGGAGGCAGCGGAGUCGGAACCGCCGCCGUCCAGCUGGUUCGUCUGUUUGGUGCCGUUCCCGUCGUCACUGCAGGGAGCGAAGAGAAACUGAAGAUGGCCGAGAAACUGGGAGCAGCAGCUGGAUUCAACUACAGAGAAGAGAGUUUUGCAAAAGGAGUUCAGGACUUGACAGGAGGUAAGGGGGCAAACGUCAUCCUGGACUGCAUCGGUGGCUGCAACUGGGAGCAGAAUGUGAGCUGUUUAUCUGUGGACGGCCGCUGGGUUCUGUACGGGACGAUGGGAGGCCGAGCCGUGGAGGGAGACCUGCUGGGUAAACUGCUCUCCAAGCGAGGCCACUUGCUCAGCAGCCUCCUUCGCUCUCGCAGCCUUCAGUACAAAGCGGACCUGGUAAAGGCUUUUUCACACAGAGUUUUACCACAUUUCUCAGCUCAGUCGGCUUCCUUGAGGCCAGUGAUCGACAGCAGCUUCAGUCUGGAGGACGUCGCAGAGGCUCACAGACACAUGGAGGCCAACAGAAACAUGGGAAAGAUUAUUAUUAAUGUGAUUCCGCCUAAACAGGGAACUCAGUGAUUAAAGCCUGCAGUAAAACGCAAUGAACACUAUGUCUUAUGAAUCUUACAACACAGUUUCACAUGAAAUCUAUUUGUCAUGUAGAUAUGCAUUAUCCACCAAUAAAAUGGUUCAAAUACAACCUUUUUUUAUUGCUCUUUCUUCUGUAGUGAAGAUUAUAUAAUGCUAAAUGUUAUUAUCUGUUCAUACUGGAGGCUGCAGCAGAAUCACAGCUACAGUCACUAUCAUUUUCUAUUAUAGAUCUUAUGAAAUAUAACAAGAAGGCAGUGGAAAAAACAAGUAUUUUCCAAUUUAAAUUUGAUGCUGGCUCCUUGUCAGCUGUGCAGUAGUAGAAAAGUACAUUAAACACAGUAACCUUACACUUCAAACUUUUCCAAGAACAAUUUAAUGCCUACUUAUUGUUUCAAUGUGAAAUAAAAUGAGUGAAAGUAACAGAUAUUAAAGCUUGACUACAACAGGG